AUGGCGAAACAUGAAGAAACGCCAAUUCCAUGCUACUCAUCAUUAGAGGCUGUUUACGGCGACGGAUCUCAGCUUGAAGAAGCUAAACUUCGUUUUGAUAACUUGAAAUCUAAGUUUCUUCAAGUUUUUGGUCACCCUCCAGAUGUCUUUGCUCGCUCUCCAGGGAGAGUGAAUUUGAUUGGAGAACAUAUUGAUUAUGAAGGCUACUCAGUGUUGCCAAUGGCAAUAAGGCAAGACACUAUUAUAGCAAUCCGUAAAAAUAAUGCGGAAAAAGUUCUUAGAAUUGCCAAUGUUAAUGACAAAUAUACACAGUGUACUUAUCCUGCGGAUCCUAACCAGGCAAUUGACUUGAAGAAUCAUAGAUGGGGUCAUUAUUUCAUUUGUGGGUAUAAGGGUUAUUAUGAAUUUGCGAAAUCAAAAGGAGUGAAUGUGGGUGAGCUGGUUGGACUUGAUGUUAUUGUUGAUGGGACUGUUCCAACAGGUUCUGGUUUGUCAAGCUCUGCUGCAUUUGUUUGUUCUGCUACCAUUGCUAUUAUGGCUGCUUUUGAUGUGAACUUUCCAAAGAAAGAAAUUGCCCAACUGACAUGUGAGUGUGAAAGGCACAUUGGAACACAAUCUGGAGGAAUGGACCAGGCAAUCUCUGUGAUGGCCAAAACUGGAUUUGCAGAGCUUAUUGAUUUCAAUCCCAUUCGGGCAACUGACGUGCAACUUCCUGCUGGUGGAACUUUCGUGAUUGCAAAUUCUUUGGCAGAAUCUCAGAAGGCAGUCACUGCUGCUACGAAUUACAAUAACAGAGUUGUUGAAUGUCGACUUGCUUCUAUAGUACUUGGAAUAAAGUUGGGAAUGAAACAACAAGAUGCAAUAUCAAAUGUCAAAACUCUUUCUGAUGUCGAGGGAUUGUGUGUAUCAUUUGCUAAUAGUCGUGGUUCUUCUGAUCCUGUCGUUGCUGUUAAGGAAUUUUUGAAAGAGAAACCAUACACGGCUGAAGAAAUUGAGGGAAUUACUGGGGAAAGUCUUCAAUCAAUCUUCACAAAUUCCCCAUCUUCUUUGGAUGUGCUAAAAGCAGCACAGCACUUCCACUUGCAUCAGAGGGCUGCUCAUGUUUAUUCUGAAGCCAAGCGAGUCCAUGCUUUCAAGGACACAGUGUCAUCAAAUUUAAGCGAUGAGGACAAGCUAAAGAAGCUGGGUGAGCUUAUGAACGAGAGUCACUACAGUUGCAGCGUUCUAUAUGAAUGCAGCUGCCCAGAGUUGGAAGAACUUGUAAAAAUUUGCCGUGAUAAUGAUGCAUUGGGGGCAAGACUUACAGGAGCUGGAUGGGGUGGCUGUGCGGUCGCUUUGGUGAAAGAACCAAUCGUCCCUCAGUUCAUCCUCAAUUUGAAGGAAAAGUUCUACAAAUCAAGAAUUGACAAGGGAGUAAUUGGCAAGAAUGAUCUUGGCCUCUAUGUUUUUGCUUCAAAGCCUUCAAGUGGUGCUGCUAUUUUCAAGUUCUAA